UCUCUUCGUCAUUGAAACUAGUUCAUCUUCUUCACAAUUAAUGGCAAGCCGAGCCAAAACCCAAGGACCAACCAUGAACAAAAAAGGCAUGUCAAAGAGUACCAAAGCUGGUCUCCAAUUCCCUGUUGGUCGUGUUGCUCGAUACCUCAAGACGGGCAAGUAUGCUGAGCGCAUCGGUACCGGUGCUCCUGUGUAUCUCGCAUCCGUUCUUGAAUAUCUGGCUGCCGAAGUAUUGGAGUUGGCAGGAAAUGCUGCCAUAGACAACAAGAAGACUAGAAUCAUGCCUCGCCAUAUCCAAUUGGCAGUUAGGAAUGAUGAAGAGUUGAGUAUACUUCUUGGGGAUGUUACCAUAGCCAAUGGUGGUGUCAUCCCUAACAUUCACAACCUCUUACUUCCAAAGAAGAGUGGCACCUCUAAGGGUUUUGAUGUUGACGAGGACUAGAUUUUAUGUCCUUUUUUUCUCUUCAUCUCAAAUGUAAUCCCUUUAUUCUCCCUUUCUCAAAGGGUCUCUAUAUUACUCAAUAAUACAUAAAUUGGGAUUGCUAUAUUAUCAUAA